AACUUGAUGUAGAAAACUGAAAAGAGAAAGAGACCGACACUUUUCAUGUCAUUUUCAAAUACACCCUGGAACUACCUUUUAAUCAGAUAACUCACUGUUUCAGGGCUAGAACACUACUUUUGAUGUUCGUCUGUAAUUUCUACUUGCAUUAUGUGCUGAUGAUGUGACUAUAAGUGCCUUACAUAUAAAAUUCUGCAACACAACGUCAGAGCUCUGGUGUAGCUCUCAUGUCCUCACUCUCUCUCUGAAAUAGUGUUCCUGGACCUGAUUCCACUGUUUAAUGUUGCUGUAAAAUAAACCUGAGUAUGAGGGCAUCAGUGGUGUUUGUAGUUGUUUUGCCACGUUUGUCUCAAGUAUUGACUGUCAACAUAAAUCAGUUUUAUUGAGUCUAACACAGUGAAAUUGCGUGCGAGUAAAGGAAGAGGUGGGGAAGGAUAAAGUGAUAAAAAAGGGUGAGGACAAUUACAGUUACUACCGAUUAAAACAAGAGGUUCGUGCAAGACAGGAGCAGAGGUGAGAAAUAAAGGAGAGGAGAGGGAUAAAUGAAACAGGAGAAUGGGAGUGAAGCUCACCUAUCACCUAAACUCCAAAGAACACAGAUACAUCUCAGAGCGUGUUGCUGACAUCAUGGAGAACUUGGCUCCUCUCUAUCGACGUCACUACAGCUCAAAUCUCCUGACCCACAUGAGGAACAAACAUGUGGAGCCCACUGAACCCCGUCCUCUGAUCCAGCAUCUUGAUGUUGUUGAGCAUACCGGGAUUGUGUUGGAGGGGACUUUGCCUCAGUGCCUCAGUGGGAUCUGGACACAUCGCCACCUACAGGUUACCAGCAGUUUUACAGUUGAAAGCCGUAAUGCCAAAGAGAUAUUUGAGUGUGGGUGGGGGUGUAACACAGAGCUGGUUAUGUCUGGCUGUCAGAUCUGCACCUCCAUACAAGAACACCGUGAGUUAGUGGACGACAUGUGCAGACACAUCGCAGGUAAAUCAGGUGGUAAACUGGCGUGUUGGGAUUGCCCCACAGCGUUCCCUGUCUUCAUACAGCACCCUUACAGUGCCCCAGUGUGUCUGGCCACUGCAUCACACAAGGAGCAGACACGGUGGGCCAACAUACUACGAGCUGCAACACAACAUCAGAGCUCAGCACUCUGGUGUGAAGAUUCACCAGAAUCCAGGGCCUUUUUAGAUGCCGUGUCUUUUUUGAAGAGGCUCAGAGAAAGCUGUCAAACAGAGGUACAUCCAAUGGGCAAUGAGAUAGAGGUGUUGAUGAGCAUUCUCAUGGAGGAAGUGAUGUCCUACCUCAAAGAGCAUGUAUUCCCUAGGAUUAUUGUACAUCACAGAAGGAAGAAGCAAGCUUGGAUCAAACUGCUGUCUGAGGUCUACGAGACAGCAAAACAGCAGGUAAAAGCUGCGAUGUCAGCUCUGAAGGAGGAGCUGUCACUUCAUCGUGCUGAUGUAGAGAAACAGAUCUCCGCAGGACUGCAGCAGGCCAGUCUGCUGCAUGACCACAUCACUCACACAAUCACAGAUGACACAUGCGAGCUGAUGUUACAGUGUCUCCUACACACGAUCGUCCCGAGACUCGACCGUACUCUGCAGGAAGUGGCCAUGCCCAUCUAUGAUGGGUUUGCAUCUACCUGGCGAUACUUCCUGGAGACGUGUGAUGAUAUCAUAGACCUGGGAUCGAUGAGCAUAUCAGUUAAAGAUAUAAAAAAAGAGGUGCUGAUGCCUCUUAGUGGCCUCGGGCCAGAAGAUGGCAGGCUGUGGCAGUGCCUGGACAGGCUGGAGCUGAGCUCAGAGGGUCGUGCAUGGCUCCAGGAAACGUGGGGAGUCCACAGUGAAACAUGGAGGCCUUUGAUACUCAAAGCUCAGAACGCUCUCUACAAAGUGGUUGAUUUGUGUGCAGUGAUGUUCUGGAGGUUGGUCUCUCGAUAUACAUGUUACUCUUUUGACUCAACUCAGCUCAUGGUGGUGCUUUGCAAGGUCAAAGACAAAGUAGUCAAGCACCUGGAUGAAGAGCUGUUGACUCUUCGAUCUCAAUUGAUUCUUGACAUGAUCCUGCAGAUAACACUGCCGACAUUUAUGCACAGUGUGGGUAGACAGGAUUUGUCUCGUUAUGAUGCCAUGGUGAAGUCAGAACACGCCCUCUUCAUCCACCCUGUCACCAUCUUCCACUCCAUCCUGAGAGACAGCCUGACCUCUUAUAUCCAGUCAGUGAUGAGGUACUCCCUGCCACAGCAGUUUGUGCCUCUCCCUGUCAGUCCCAUUAAUCCCUGCAGCUCCCCCUCUGGUUUCCCUGAAUCAGCGUAUGAGCUGCUGCCUCCUGGUGACUGCUGGGAGAACUUCUGCCAAACCUCUGCUGGCAGCUCUGAAACACUCACACCAAGCACCGUGUCUGAGCGGGAUGACACCUUGACCAACUUGGAAAAUUCUGGAAACCAUGGAUUGUCACUGCAUGAUGCAGGAGAGUAUGUCCAUCUCACGCAACAGACUGGAGUACAGGCUCACAACCCUCACUGAGGACACCACCAUGCCAUCAUCUGAAUUUAUUUUAUUAGCCUUUUUCACACCAAAGAUCCAAUGUAAAUAGGAAAAAAACUAAGUGUCAACUAGCUAUAUUAAUGAAACUGGUUUAGUGUGAUCCAGAGGUAUUUUAACCAUAAAAUGCUUAUUUAUUCAAAUCACAAAUUUCAAAGAAAAAAAAACGAUCACAACCAAACAUAAACCACAUAACCUAACUGUACCUCUUCUAUGUUAUUUUAUAGUUUGUGGCUGGCAUUUUUCACUAUUUUAUGAUAUUUUAAAGACUACAUAAGAAAAAUAAUGGCAAUAAUAUUUAGCAGCUGCUCUGUAGUAUACUGGCUCAUGAGAGCCUACAGUCCAGUAGCCAUACUGCUUGCACACUUGUGCAAAUAGUCAUUGUUUUGCUUGGCAAGGCUUUUCUUUUCAACAUAUUUUUGAAAUAAACAAUAACACUACAAUGAAGUGGUAUCCAACCGACUCCUCAGGACAUGCUCAUCCUCAGGAGUCACAAGAUAAUUAAAAGGAUAGGAAUGAGAAAAAAAUCAGUUUCACUUGUUCUUCUUGAUCUUUUUCGUUAAAUACUAUGAUCACCUUUUCAAGAAAAAAAAUCUGUCUCUGUUUGAAGUUCUUGUCAUGAGGGGCACAAGUAAGUCAAGCAGACUGGGCUGAAAGGUUGACGGUGAGAAUCGCCAGUUUCUUUGUUUCUGAACUUCAUUAUUAUCCUCCAGAAGUGUAACAGGCUUGCAGUACACUGAACUCACUGAACACGCCCAGGGCUUUCUAUCCGCUUCCUAUAGACUACAGCUGGAUCUAUUCUUAAAGGGGAGGAC